UGGCGAUAGAAAUCCUAAGCAGCUACACAGAGCAAGAAUGUUCCGUUUUGAGAGGCUUAUUGGACUUCUUUUUCUGACGCUGUAAUGUCGACGGGAUCGGUGGAACAAACCUGCCCCAGCGAUGAGGCAUCAAGUGCAAGUACCUGUAUGGGGAAAUGGAAGCUCCAGCACGUGAAGGGAGAUCUGUUCUCUUGCCCCGCGGACGAGUCCCUUGCCCACUGCAUCAGUGAGGACUGCCGGAUGGGAGCUGGCAUCGCCGUCCUCUUCAAGAAGAAGUUUGGAGGGGUGGAUGACCUUAAAGCCCAGAAGAAACUGACCGGAGAGUGUGCUGUGCUGAAGAGAUCUCAGCGAUUUGUUUACUAUCUGAUUACUAAGAAAAAGUACAACCACAAGCCCACCUAUGACAGCCUGCGAAAGAGUCUGCUUGCCAUGAAAGCUCACUGUCUGACAAAUGGAGUUACAAGAGUAUCUAUGCCAAGGAUUGGAUGUGGUUUGGAUCGACUCAGCUGGGACAAGGUGGUAGUGAUGAUUGAGGAGAUCUUCCAUGAUGCAGAUAUGUGUAUCACAGUUUUUACUCUCUGAGAAAAAUAUGCAACAGGGAGAUCCUAUGUGGUCAGGAAGCUCCUCUUGGUGUUGGGCUCAUUACCUUGCUUUUUUAUUACUGGCUGCAGUGUGCUACCUCAAAGAUGUGUUUAUUUGUGACCUUUCGUAAGGCAAUAAUCUUGCUGUAUUCAUAGGGGCAUGCCUGUGUUGAAGGUUCCAUAAAUGAAGGCAUGACUCAUCACUAAUGUUUUUUCCACAAUGAUGUUCUACUCUCCUGAGUUCAGUUCCUCAGUCCUCAUGUUUGGAGUAUUUUUGAAACUCAUGAAUUUAUUUCUGGAUAUAUAAUUCAACUUUUGUUAUAUUUGGGACUGUUAUGGGAGUCAAAUGACCACCUAAUGUAAACCCUCAUAUUGUAAAGUUGUUUAUAUUAAAAAGAUAUCAACCUUUAA